UAGGAGAUUGAGAGGGACAUUUAUUGAUGCGUAUUUUAAUUGGCAAAAUAUGUCAACAUCGGUAGCAGUUGAAAACAUAAAUAAUGUAGGGUCCUAUGUAUUUGGAGCCAGGGUUAUGCUGAACACUGCGUUGUAUACCUUGACGUUAAGGCCAUUUUGACAAUGGGGCAAUGUUGUCCUUUUGUCAGGGGUUAAAAGUUAACACUUGAAACUUACACUAGUAUUUUAUGUGGGUGUAACAGCAAAUUACUAUCGCUCAAAUCCCAAAAAUACAGAUGUUUAAAGGCAUUUUUACAGAUUUUCUUAUUUCCUUAUGAAGGUAGGAUUGGCUUAAUUUGUUAAAAUCCAGACUAGUGCAUUGUUUUCCCUUUUGCUUAGAUUAUGAGCACAGAGGUUUUACUUUUUACAGUUUCCAUGAGUAAAUCUUGAGUUUACUCUUCUCCGCGCAUUCUUAUCAUUAAGAUCCACAAACUACGUUUUUAGCGUUGGUCGAACUGUUUUGACCCUCGAGGCUUGCCGUAGUCGGCGCAGCCACUCGAAGCCUGUCAACUCGAAACUUUAGACGCAACAAACUUUUUGAGCUGGCGAAGUAGUUUCCUCUCCUGGCUUCAGGGCGCUUCGUCUUAGCGCCAUUAAAACAAAACCAGCCCCGGACAUCAGAUGACAAGAACAUAAACAACGUAAACCAUCAACAUGUAAAUAUGUCGGCGUGCUAACUUUGCAGAAGUAGUUAAGCUAGCCCCACUUUCAACACAUUAGCUAACGCUAGCGAGUCGUCAACGGAUUAAAAAUGUCGUAACUGAUAAUAAACCGGACUAUAACUCAGAAAAAAAACCCUGUUUUUUCGGUCGUAGCUUUGCCUCGUCCGUCUUUCUCGUCGAGAUGUGGCGCUUUCUCCGCUACUGUGUCAGCCACUGCCUCCGAGCGGCGAUGACCCGACUCGAGGACGUGAACGGAGAGGUGAGCGUGGGCUCGUCCGUCCGGUGGCUCGGCUACCUGUCCCGGCUCAACCUCCUGGUCGCCCUGUGCUUGGGGCUCUACGCCCGGUGGGAGACGACCGCGGACGCCGCCCUGCUGGUGGUGUUCGUCCUGGCUCUCAUCGUCCCCGCGGUCGCGACCGCGUCGCACUGCUUCCCCGGCACGGAGAGGGUCGGCCUCGGUCUCCUCCACCUGUGGUUCGGCUUCCUGCUCGGGCUGCAGGGUUUCCUCCACCGCGGCGACGACGCGAAGGCGCGCGCCGCCAACUACCUGCUGCUGGCCAGCGCGGGCUCGCGCUCGCUGUGGGCGCUGCUGGAGCGGCUGCGCGGACGCGCCAGGUGCCGACCCGCCUUCCUCACCGCGGCGGAGCGGCUCGAGCUGGUGGGCUUCGCCGCCGCCAGCACGGCGCUGCCCGCCCGGGACUCCGUGAGCGUGACGGUGCUGCUGGCGGCGCUGGCCGCGGUCAUGGUGGCCCUCCGGGUGAAGGCGUGCCUGGCGCUCCCCAACUUGCUCUGCUUCGGCGUCGUCGCCGGCGCGCUGUUCUUCGAGUCCCUGAACGCCUCCGUUAACCCCUUCGCCCUCGCCUGCUUCUUCGGCCGGCUCGUCUGCGACCCUCUGCUGGACGUCGGCUUCAGCGGGCUCUCUGUGACCGAGCGCUGGCAGCCGUUCCUGGCGUGGCCGGCCCCGUGGCGCCGGCUGUCCCUCCUCCCUCUGGCCGCCGUGGAGGUGACCUUCAUCGGUCUGGCUGCCCAGAAGCUGCGAGACCUGGACCGGUGGUACCUGACGAUCCCGGGCUUUGUGGGCUGUGCGUUCUUCUGGGCCGCCAGCCACAUGGUGUUCGUCAUCACGCUGUGGGGCUUUCACACCAAGCUCAGUGAAUGCAGGAGGCUGUGCUCGUCCCAGGGGUCAGGGGUCAGCGGCCUGAACAAGAUCAUGGCCUCGAAGGGCAUGAGACACUUCUGCCUCAUCUCGGAGCGCCUGGUGAUGUUCUCGCUGCUGUCGACCGCCGCCGUGGCUGCACUUUGUUGGCAGGCCUCCAGCAGCGUCUUCGUGAGCGUCUUCCUGCUCGUCCUGCCUCUGGAGUCUCUGUUUCACGGCCUCUUCCACGAGCUCGGCAGCAGCCUCGGAGGAACCUGCGUGGGCUACGCCGUGGUCAUCCCCACCAACUUCUGCAGUCUGGACGGUCAGCCCGUGCUGCUGCCGCCGAGCCAGGUCCAGGAGCUGAACGAGCGCUCCACGGGCAUGUUGAACCAAAUCCAGCGCUUCUUCGCCCACCACUUCAUCGAGACCUUCGGCUGCGACUACUCCAGCAGCGGCGUGACCAAGGAGGCGCUGCAGGCCAAGAUCACGGCUUUCUUUGAGCUCCAAACGGCAGACGGACCUCGCCACGACACCUACGUGGUCUUCUACAGCGGCCACAGUCACCGCUCCGGAGAGUGGGCGCUGGCAGGUGGAGACAGUCUCCGCCUGGACCAGAUCCUGGAGUGGUGGCGGGAGAGGAACGGCAGCUUCUGCUCGCGCCUCAUCUUCGUGCUCGACUGCGACCACUCGUUGCCGUGGGUGAACGAGGUGAAGCAGGUGGAGGGCCUGUACGUCGCCGUGCAGGGCGCGACGCUCACGCAGGUGACGGACGUGGAGCAGCAGGAGCCCCCGCAGCUCGGGGACUUCACCGCUCAGUGGGUGGAGUACAACUGCAACUCAAACAGCAGCAUCCGGUGGUCGGAGAGGGGCGGGGCCGUGUCGGCCGCCUACGGCAUCUCCAAAUACUGGAGCGACUACACGCUGCACCUGCCGACAGGAAGCGACGUCACCGACUACUGGGGCGCGUUCUUCCCUCGGAUGACCUACCCGGUGGUGCGGCUGGUGGCCGGCGGGUGGAUGUCCGACAGCCUGAGCGGGCUGGAGCCCUGCGGUCGAGUCCUGCGAUAUCUGAAGAGGCUCAAACUAAACUGGUAUCCCCCGGCGACGCUGGACACCGGCCAAGGCUUCAAACUGGUGCGCUCAUACAAAAUCUGAAUAUAGUGAAUAUAUUUUUUUUAAAGUUGAGUUUUUUUGGACCUUGAGAAUCGGCGGCUAUCGGAUCGUUUACGCACGCCAGCGUCACUUAGUUUCCGAUUGGUCGGUCCGGAGUUAGUCUAUUUUACUACCAGUUUUUAUAUUCUUUUGCAAAUGUUUCUAUUAACGUGUUUUUUAGGUGCGGUCUAAAGAUGUUAAUAUCCCUACGUGGCUAAAUUUUGCACAUUUCUGCAUCAUAUAUGAUUCCAACUUCAUUUUUAGGAACAUUCGUGCCUUUUCCUGUAAAAUCACCAAAGAAUAAUCAGAUGGCGACGCGUUUGGCCUUUUAACCAAAGUGGUACAUUGUCAGAGGACGACCUCGGCAUGAAUCAUCAGCGCCAUGACAACGCUCCAGAGACGUUUCUAGAGGGCAAGAUGUCGCAGCUCUUGUGUUUCGACUGAAAUGAUUCCCGUUGCACUCGGCUGCUCCACACUAUGCAUUUUAUUAUCUUGGAUGCCCCGCUUUGUUGUUAUGUUGUGAUGCUUUCAGGGGUCGUCGUUGUUGUUCUUUUCAAACGCUCUCCAGCUGCUUCAGUUUAAAGUGUGCCAACGAUGGCACUACACACGUCAGUAUUUAUGUCAGAAUAAACCCCAGGCAUUAAAUGAGUCACAUGAUGAGAUCCAUUUUCUUCCUGGAGGUUGAUCAAAGUGUAUUAUGUUAUGCAAGAUGAUUCAGGUGAAAGAUAAACUAUGCAAUAAAAGGAGGAGUGGGACCUCGCUGCUCAAAUCAGGAUUGGGCUCCUCGUUGGAUGCAUCCUCCAAUUAACUCAAAACAGGUUAUUACAGGUUUUGGGAACACAAAGAAAUCUAAUAUACAUAAAAAAAUCAAUACUCUGCAUUUGAGGAACACUGGGGUCAUUAUUUCCUUACAUUUUCUUGGAAAUAACUUUUUAAUUUAGCAUUAAUUAUAGGAAGUAUACUUAAGAGUUUUACUUUAAAUAACAGCUCCCUUUAAACACAAAUUAGUAUUUAUUCAUCAUGUCGACUUUUAUACUUGCCUGGAGACCAAUUUCAGCCAAAUUAUAUAAUUCUCUCUUAACUAAAAUAGAUUUGUGUGUGGAUCAUCAGUUACUGGCUCUCUGCUCCCAGAUUUGUUUUGUUUUUGGCUUCUUUGCACUUAUACACUUUAUCUCGUGCACCUCACUGUUAGUUUAGUUUUACUAUUCUUAAAAUAAACAAAACAAAGAGGUAA